AUGUCCAUCGAUAUGAAAGCUCUGAUCCAUAAGCGUGGCUUGAUUAAGAGUCAGUUAACGCGACUUAAGAAUGCCGUUGCCGAAUAUCGUCGUCGUCCCGCCGAUUGUGAUCGACUUCUUCCUGCAUUGAAAAUUAGUGUUUCCAAGGUAGAAGACUCCUGGCCAGUGUUUGACGAGAUUCAAACUCAAAUCGAGCUUCUAACCGUAAACGAGGAUGCUGGAGACAAUUUCGAAGAUCCCAAUCGUAUAGAAUUCCAAAACACCUUUUAUGAAACUGUAGGCGCUGCGAGAGAAAUUAUAGAUCGAAGCCUCAUCAGUAACUCAGCGACUACGGCAAGUGUGUCAACUGUUAAUAAUGACAGCGCUCCGAGGAAUACAAAUAAUUUCAGACUGCCGAAACUAGAAUUGCCGUCAUUUAAUGGAUCUUAUGACACGUGGUUAAACUUUCGUGAUACCUUCGUCUCAAUUAUACAUUCCAACGCGAGUCUUCCCGACGUACAGAAAUUGCACUACCUUCGGUCAUCUCUUAAAGAAGAAGCUUCCGACAUUAUUGCGUCUUUAGAAACGUCGUCCGAAAAUUACUCUGUCGCGUGGAAUCUUUUGACGGAGCGAUACGAUAAUCAGCGCAUUAUUAUUUUAAAGCAUAUCGGAGAACUUCUUAACUUCACCCCACUGAUUAAGGCAAAUAAUCAAGCCAUAGGUCAAUUAGUAUGCACCUUUUCCAAGCACAUCAGAGCACUCAAGGCGCUUAAGCAAUCGACGGAAGCGUGGGAUUCGAUAUUAAUCGGAAUUAUGUUAACAAAAUUCGAUACGGAAACUCGCAUUAAAUGGGAAGAAUCGUUGACUGGUACCGAUAUGCCGACUAUGAGCGAAAUGACCGCAUUUUUAGAAAAACGAAGGCAAGCUUUGGAUGCGACAGCGAUAGGAUCAAUGGAAAUUAAUGCUAAGGAACGUAAUCGCGUGCUCAGUACAGCACCACGUCAGAAGUUUAAGCAGCAAUCGUUCCUUACAACCGACUCAAAGUUUUCUUGUUCCAUAUGUAAAGGUCCACAUCAAAUCCAAGUCUGCAAGGAUUUUUUAGCCCUGUCUGUUCCAGAGAGAUAUAAUCUGGUAAAAGAGAAGAAGUUAUGUUUUAAUUGUUUGCGAUCAAAUCAUAUGGUGCAAAAUUGCAAGUGUUCUCGAUGCACAAUCUGUUCAAAGAAGCAUCAUUCUAAGCUCCAUCCUACAACGGCUCCAGCAACGGUGGAAAUCGCUGAAAAUCAGACAGCUUCGUCGCAAUCUGUUACCCUGCAAGUGUCUGCAUCGACACAAGUUUUAUUAUCCACUGCAUUGGUGCACAUUUGCGACAGUCGAGGAAAGCUGCACCCAUGUAGAGUUCUGCUAGAUUCGGGCUCACAGUCGAAUUUUAUUACAGAGAAAUUAGCGACAGAUCUCCAAUUACUGAAGAAAGACGUUGAUAUUCCAGUUGCCGGACUGAAUCAAGUUUUUACAAAAAUUAAUUAUCUCGUCUCGACCACUGUGAAAUCACGAGAAACUCAAUUCGAAUCCACUCUCUCGUUUCUAGUAAUUCCGAAAAUCACAGGCUAUCUUCCUGCCGAUACAGUGGAUGUGGCACACUUAAAUAUUCCGAAAAACGUAGUGCUUGCAGAUCCCGAAUUUUAUAGACCUUCACAGAUAGAUGCGUUGCUAGGAGCAGAAAUCUUUUACAAAUUACUGUGCAUUGGUCAGAUUAGAUUGCCUAAAACAGCAGCGACAUUGCAAAAAACUCAUUUUGGAUGGGUUAUUUCGGGUCGCAUACCGUGCACAGAUAUUGCGCCUACAACCUGCCAUACGUCCACUGAAGGUCUUGAAAAUCAUCUAAGAAAAUUUUGGGAAAUUGAAGAAAUCCCUCCUACACACCGGUUAUCGUCGGAAGAAAUUGCAUGCGAGAAGCAUUUUCAAGAACACACUCAGCGCGACUCGUUCGGACGCUAUAUAGUUCAAUUACCCUUUAAGGAAAACCUUGAAGCUUUAGGAGAGUCGGAAAAAUUAGCCUCACGAAGAUUUUACCAAGUAGAAAGGCGUCUACAGUCAAAUCCGCAGCUGCGAAAUCUUUAUUCGGAAUUCAUGAGAGAAUAUAUACAGUUAGGCCAUAUGCAGGAGAUAGCAGAUCCCGUAAACGGUUCAGGCUACUAUCUUCCUCAUCAUGCGGUUAUUAAAGAAACGAGCCUUACAACCAAACUCAGGGUAGUUUUUGACGGUUCUGCCAAAACUACCACAGGCAUUUCUCUGAACGAAACCCUUCUUGUCGGCCCGACUAUUCAGGAGGAUAUAUUCUCUAUUAUAACCAGGUUUCGCACGCACGAAUAUGUUCUUACAGCCGAUAUAGAGAAAAUGUAUCGACAGGUCAAGCUCCACGCUAAGGAUACUGCAUAUCAGAGAAUACUCUGGCGUGAAAAUCCAUCCGAUGAGCUGAAAACGUACGAGUUAAAUACUGUUACAUAUGGACUUGCAUCUGCACCCUUUCUGGCAAUUCGUACGCUUCACCAAUUAGCUAAGGAUGAAAGAGACAAGUAUCCCGCAGCAGCUGAGAUACUUAUAAGAGAUUUUUAUGUCGACGAUCUGCUCACUGGAACCACCACAUACGAAGAUGCAGUAAUUCUGAGAGACGAAUUAACUCAACUGUUACAACGUGGGGGGUUCAAUCUACGGCAAUGGUCGUCAAAUGAGCCAUCGUUAAUUAAUUCGCUGCCUGAAGAAACGGUAAAUCUGCAACUACUGACCGAUUCUUCGCAAACGACAAAAACGCUAGGGGUCCAUUGGAAUUCUGCUCAAGAUUGCAUAGUCUACACUAUCAAUACUGCAUUUACAUCGUCUCGUGUAACGAAAAGAAACAUGCUGUCGUAUAUUGCAAAAUUGUUUGAUCCGUUAGGAUUAUUAGGACCCGUAAUAGUUACUGCAAAAAUUAUUAUGCAGCAGUUAUGGCAACUGAAGACUGGAUGGGACGAAUCGGUACCUCAGGAUACGUUCAUUUCAUGGAUCGCAUAUGUGGAGCAACUAAAGGCCAUAAAUAAUAUGAAAAUUCCUCGAAAGGUAAUUAUUCGCGAUGCAAUAGAAAUUGAAUUGCACGGAUUUUGCGACGCCAGUGAGAAAGCUUAUGGAGCCUGCAUUUAUCUCGUUUCCUCAGAUCGACAUUAUAACCGGGAAUCUCAGCUUGUAUGCGCUAAGUCCCGAGUUGCUCCGCUCAAAAGCAUUUCAUUGCCACGUUUAGAACUGUGCGCAGCCGUGUUGUUAGCCCGAUUAUAUAAAAACACUGUCAAGGCCUUAAGGGUCACCCUGUCAAAAUGUACAUUCUGGUCAGAUUCAACGAUCGUUCUCCACUGGAUUCAAACUUCUCCGCAUCAGUUAAAAACGUUUGUUGCUAAUCGCAUUUCUGAGGUACAAGAUUUGACAAAUACCUCAAACUGGAGACACGUUCGGUCGCAAGAUAAUCCUGCGGAUUUAAUCUCUCGAGGUCAAUCAGUUCCUGAGUUACUGGACCACUCACUAUGGUUUUCUGGACCUUCCUGGCUGCUAAGCAAUGAGAGUAACUGGCCUGUUACCCAAAUCCAUCUCGACGUUAUCCCUGAACAACGAGCAUCAGUUAUCCUGGUUACGUCAAUACCAACGUGGGAUGUUAUUAAUAAAUUCUCCUGUUUCACUACUCUCGUCAAUGUAAUCGCGUAUUGUUGUCGCUUUAUUAAUAACUGCAAGAGAAGGGAACGCAAAUCUGGAUCGCUUACAGUGGACGAAGUACUGUAUGCAAAAAAUAAAAUUAUAAAAUAUAUGCAGCAACAGGAGUUCGCAUCGGAAAUUCGCGAAAUUGAAGAAACCGGCACGGUGCAACGAAGGAGCAAACUUCUGGCAUUGUCUCCUUUUCUAGAUGCGGACAGACUUCUUCGAGUAGGAGGCAGAUUGAAUAAUGCAGGCAUCCCCUACGACGCAAAACAUCCGAUCUUGCUUCCUAAAAAUCAUCAUGUGACAACGUUAAUUGUAAGGCGCGAACACAUGAUUCAUUGGCACGCAGGUUCUCAGGCAACGCUAUAUGCUGUCAGGCAACGAUAUUGGAUUCUGGACGGAAGGAACACGGUUCGUAAAAUAAUACGAAAUUGCAUCCGUUGUCUCAGGGCAUCUCCAAGGGAGACAAAUUAUCUAAUGGGCAAUCUACCGGAAUCAAGGGUUACACAUGCCAGACCGUUCACGAACUGCGGUAUAGACUACUGCGGACCAUUCUUUAUUAAGGAAAAACGGUUCCGAAAUAGAAAUAAAUUAAAGGUGUAUGUUGCGAUUUUCGUCUGCUUUAUAACAAAGGCUGUACACAUUGAGCUCGUCAGUGACCUGACCACUGAAGCCUUCGUCGCCGCCCUUCGAAGAUUUAUGGCACGGCGCGGGAAAUGCGUCAAUAUCUACUCAGACAAUGCGACAAAUUUUGUAGGCGCAAACCGCGAAUUACGAGAACUUUAUGAUCACGUUAGGUCUAAAGAUCACAAUGAGAGGGUCAGCCGAGUACUGCUGCAAGAAAACAUAAAUUGGCACUUUAAUCCUCCCAGAGCUCCACAUUUUGGCGGAUUAUGGGAAGCGGCUGUACGCUCUUUUAAACACCACAUGGUAAGAACAAUCGGAGACACGCUGUUCACAUAUGAGGACUUACACACAUAUGUUACCGAGAUAGAGGCGAUUUUAAAUUCUCGUCCUUUGACCCCUCUAUCCUCUGACCCCAACGAUCUUCUCGCACUAACCCCCGCACAUUUCCUUAUUGGCGACUCAUUGACGAGCAUUCCGGGCCACGACUUUUCUGAGACGCCUGCUAACAGAUUAUCUAGUUGGCAGCAUAUCCAGAAGCUGAAGCAGCACUUUUGGACCCGCUGGCACAAGGAAUAUCUCAAUGAGAUAAAUGGUAGAUCGAAAUGGCGGGAGACAUCAGCCAACAUCAAGGUUGGGACUCUGGUCGUUGUCAAGGAAGACAACGUACCACCUCUACACUGGCCCCUGGCGAGAAUCAUCGAAGUGCAUCCCGGAGCAGAUAACGUUGUCAGGGUUGUGACAAUAAAAACGUCGAGUGGGGUGUACAAAAGAAGCGUGAAGCGAAUUUCACCGCUUCCAAUCGAGAUAUCUGCUUAG